AUGACAAUACAUGAAAAUAUUCAAUUCCCCCUGGAGAAAUAUAAGGGAAAACUCUACAAUUACCUUGCUUAUGUGAAGCACCUGAAAGGUUUUAAUGAAGAAGCCCUGAAAUAUCUAGAACAAGCUGAAGAGAUAAUAAAGAAGGACCAUGAAGAUGAAUUUGAGAAACUGGUCAUUGUUACUUAUGGAAACUUUGCCUGGGUAUACUAUCACAUGGGUGAGAUCACCAAAGCUGAGAACUACCUGGAGAAGCUGGAGGAUAUUUGCAAGAAGUUCAGCAACACAGCCUCCCGCUACAGUGUCCUCCUUCCUGCGGUGUAUGGAGAAAAGGGAUGGUCCUUUUUGAAGGUUUGUGACGAGAAACAUUAUAAGAUAGCAAAAGAAUGUUUUGAAAGGGCUCUUGAAGAAGAGCCCAAUGAGAAGGGGUGGAAUGCUGAUUAUGCCAUUGUGCUGUACCGCCUUGAAACAUUUGGACCUUCAGUUUGUGCUGCAGAUUCAGUUGCACUAAAACAGUUAAAACAUGCUCUAGAGCUAGAUCCAGAAAACCCAGUUCUCAUGGUACACCUGGCAAUGAAACUGAAGCGUUAUGAGGAACAAAAUGAGGAAGCCCUGGAAUUAGUGAAUCAAGCUCUCAAGCUGUCACCUGAUAAUCCCCAGGUUGCUGGACAUGGAGGAAGUUUUUUCAGAAAAAAUGGCUGUCCAGACAAAUCCUUGGAGAUAUUAAAAGAGGCGUUGCAAGCAGCUCCAGAUUCAUAUUCUCUACACUAUCAAUUAGGACUUGCCUACAGAUCCAAAAUCUGUAAAUUCCAGGGCCAGUGGAAUCAAGACCCCAAAGAGGCCGAGGAAUUUGUGAAAUCAAGCAUUUUACAGUUUGAAAAAGCUGUUAGGAUGAAACCAUCAAAAAUUCAAGCUCAGUUAGAUCUGGCACAAAUGUAUGCAGAAUCCAACAACAUGACACAAGCCGAAGAUAUAUAUCAGAGAUUAUUUGACAUGCCAAUUACCUGGCUUGAUGAUAUACAGGGAUUACAUCUUUGUUUUGGGACCUUCUUGUAUUAUCACAAAAAAUCAGAGCCUGAUGCUAUUAAACACUAUAAAAUUGGGUUACAGAUCCAAAAUAAAUCUUUACGAGGCAAUCAAUGUUAUGCUAAGAUAAAAAGAAUUGCUGAAAAACGUACUGCAAAGAAUCCACAUGAUGCAGAAGGCUUUGCCAUUUUGGGUUCAGCUCAUCAACUCAGAGACGAGAUACCACAAGCUAUCAAGUGCUAUGAGAAGGCAUUGCAGUUUGACCCAGGCAAUGCAAGAUACAAGAGUGCUGUUGACCUGUGUGAAUCAUUGCAGUAA